AUGGCGUCUGAAAUUGACCCAAUUUUAGUCCGCGCUUUGAAUCUUUUACACUCGAAAAAUCCUAGAGCUUUAGAACAGUUAUGUGCUUUGAGAGAUGAGGUUUUAGGAAAGAAACCUGAUUAUGUUCCAGAGAAAAAGAAAGAUGAAGUCAAAGAACCAGUUCAAGUCGAAACAAUCAAGAAGCCACUUUCGAAACCACCUCCCUUAAAGGCAGACCCAAUAACAAUAUCCAGUGAUUCCAGUGGUCCGGCCACCAUUGAGGAAGUUCCGGAAACCUCAUUACAAAUUUUGGGAAAGGUCAAAACUGAAGAUGUCACAGAAACUGUAGAAGUCGAGUCAUUGUCUUUUGGUGCCGGUACUAAUGAUCAUCCCGACGAUGACAUUAUGGAAACAGUUGAAGAGUUAGGUUUGAGUUAUGUUGAAGAGACUUUGGAAGAGUCAAACUCAAGCAAUCUGUUGGUUAAAAGAAAAAGACCAAAGUUGGAAAUCAGCACUGGAAAAUCAUUGCUUGAUGAUUUGGAUGUUGAAUCUCAUGAGAGUUCACCAGACCAUGAAAUGUCACCUGACUUGUCUGUUUCUAAAUGUAUUAUUUGUUCAAGUGGAAAAAGUGGAAUACCUGGGAAUCAGUUAGUAGAGUGUCAUGAAUGCCAUGAGCUCUACCAUCAGAACUGUCACAAGCCACGCAUCACAGAUCAAAGUAUUGAUGACCUUAGACAUGUUUGGUAUUGCCGAAACUGUUCCAAGCAAAUGAAACAGGCCAGUACAGCGACUGCUGUGCCAAAAUUAAAGCCAAUCCCAUCGCCUGGAAUCCUGUCUAAUAAACCCCAAACACAGUCGUUCAAAGCACCACUGAGAGUCGAACAAAACAAGCCUCCGCUAUUUUCGCCGAGCAGCCCGUCGGUGAAUCAAUCGUUCAUAAUCCCUAAUCUCGCGACGAGCACUGCGGUCAGCGGCAGCGGGGUAAUAAAAUCACCCAGUCAUGCCAACCCACGCGAAAUGGCGAGGAAUUCAAUGAAACGAUUGCAACAGGUGAAGAAGAAAGCGGCCGCGAAAAACCAACAAAAAUUUACCAAGAGAUAAGGUGAAGUUAGCUGGUAUAAUAUCGAAGUGAAACGUAUACGACACCCCGAUGUGAGCUCGUAACUGAGCGACGCGUGAAAUAUUUGCUGAACGAAUGCAGCUGAAGUGAACUCACUACAGAUUAUUAUCGGUCAGUACUCGGUGUUUGAAAGAUGUUCGGCCGGGUAAACCCUCAAAAGUUUGCCAUGGGUAAACUUCAUGUUAGCUGGUAGAAUGUUAUUGUUCAUUGUAUAAGCCAUACCCUAAUAUGGUCUCGGGUUGAACAGCACGAGUGAAGGUUUGAAAUUUACGAUAGAGUGAAUAUCAGCCAGAACUCGGGGCCUCAAAUACAAAAUAUUUUGGCGGAUCAACCGACCAAAAGUUCUCCAAGUAAACUUAGUUAAUGGAACGUCUAAGUGCAAUACCAUAAUUUGGUCAUGUGUUGUGCAGUUGUGGAAAAUUUGGAGUACAAUCUUAGAAUAUUGGUUAAUACUAGUGAACUGGAACAAUAACUUGGCCGCCAUCUUUGAAACUUAUUUGAAGCCAAAUUGAAGGACCAGUGCCAGUCCAUUCCUAUUGUUGUUGUUUUCACGGUUGACGAUUUGUUGCGACAAUAAUGAGAGAGACUGGCCCUGGUCCUGAAUUUAGCUUUAAAUUUAUUUCAAAGAUGGCGGCCAAAUAAUCGUCAGUUAUCGUUCCAGUCUAAACAAAGUUCAGUGGUUAUAAAUUCUGAUAACGUCAGUACUUUUGCUUAGAAAUGAAAAUAUUUAGUUGGAGAAAGGUCCUUUGCUGGACGCGUCAAACUUCGCGUUACAAGCUAAUAGUUAGUUUGGUUACCGUGAACGGCAAUGGUGGAAAUAUGACUCUUCGUAUCUUUGUAUUUGAACCAAAGUGAAGAUUACUUCACUAAUUUUGCCUAUUAUUCUCUACGAAAAUUUUUCGAAUCGGUUUUUGGAUAUAGUUUUGGGUUAAAAAAUAGAAAUAUACUACUGUUUUUAU